UGGGCCAAGAUGAUGGCGUUGACGUCCUCCGCGUUGACCAUGCCCAGCACCCGCCCGCAGAAGACCUGCGAGGCCGUGGGCUCCAUGCCACCUGCGGGACCGCGAGGAGUGGCUCAGCCAGGCGGCGGGAGUUGCUCCACCGCGAUGGCCUCCAACGGGGAAGAGCAAAGGAGCGGCUCCCCGAACCGAGCAGGCACCGGCACCGAGCCAUCACCCACGGCUGACGCCGCUCAGCUGGACACGACAGAAGAUUUUGAGGUCCUGGAGGAAGAAGAGGAGGAGGAGGACUUGAGCGAACUGCCUCCCCUGGAGGACGUGGGCAGGCCACCUGCCCCACUGCGGGAGGAUGCUCAGCCUGCAGGGGAAGCAGCUGAGGACCCCCAGGAGUGGGUCGAUGUUCUGGGGAGCGGUUUGCUGAAGAAGACGACACUGGUGCCGGGGCAGGGGGUGGACACUCGUCCCCGCAAGGGCCAGGACGUGACCAUCCGGCUGAAGGCCAGGCUGGAGGAUGGCAGUGUGGUGGAGGAGGACCCUGCCCUCACCUUCACACUGGGGGACUGCGAUGUCCUGCAGGCCCUGGACCUGUGUGUGCAGCUCCUGGAGAUGGGGGAGACAGCUCUGAUCCAGUCGGAUGCAAAGUACUGCUAUGGUGGUCAGGGCAGGAGCCCUGACAUCCCACCCAACGCGGCCCUCACCCUGGAGGUGGAGCUGCUGGCAGCUCAGGAUGGGCCAGACCUGGAGCUGCUCAGUGGGAAGGAGAAGGUGGAGCUGGCCAACCGCAAGCGGGAGCGCGGCAACUUCUUCUACCAGCAGGCAGACUAUGUGCUGGCCAUCAACUCCUAUGACAUUGCCAUCAAGGUCAUCAGCUCCAGCUCUAAAGUUGACUUCAGCCCAGAGGAGGAGGCCGAGCUGCUGGAUGUGAAGGUGAAAUGUCUCAAUAACCUGGCAGCCUCUCAGCUGAAGCUGGAUCAUUAUGAGGCAGCUCUCAAGUCCUGCAACCUCGUCCUGGAGCACCAGCCAGGGAACAUCAAAGCUCUCUUCCGAAAGGGCAAGGUCCUGGCUCAGCAGGGUGAGUACAGAGAGGCCAUCCCCAUCUUAAAGGCAGCAUUGAAGCUGGAGCCUUCAAACAAGACCAUCCACGCUGAGCUUUCCAAGCUGGUGAAGAAGCACGCGGACCAAAGGAGCCUGGAGACAGAGAUGUACAGGAAGAUGCUGGGGAACGCCAGUGCUGCCAGCACCCCUGGCAAGUGCAAGGACAAGCUGCCCUGGUCCAUUCCCUGGAAGUGGCUCUUCGGCGCGACCGCCAUCGCCCUCGGCGGGGUGGCAUUGUCCGUGGUCAUCGCGGCCAGGAACUAAGGAUGGCAGCAGGGUUGGCCCCGUGGCACAGGACCUGUGCCAGAUUGUGCCUCUCUCCUUGGGGCUUCCCUGGGGCUCCACCGACGCCUUCCCAUGGACUCGCAGUUGCUUUCUCUGCCGGAGGUGCCAGAUUCCUCUCUUGAUGUCCCCCCCAUAGCCCUCUCAGCGCAGGGGCAGAGCUGCAGGCAGAGCAGAAACCCCCAAGCAUGCUCCUGGCCCUCAGGGGCUCAGUGCCCAGUCCCAGGCUGUUGGAGGGGAGCAGGAGCUCCUGCACAAAGGUCUGCUGUGGCUGUCCCCAGCCCAGGGCACCCUGCGGGCACUGUGGUCCUGCUGUGGGCAGACGGGCAGGGGGCAGGCAUGAUGAGUCCCACGUGGGUAUUGAAAGGGCAUGGUGGGUCCUAUGACUGGGCCCAGCUGUGCAGAGGUGCCAUGGGGCAUGAGCAGUGAGAUUCCCUGUGCCUGGGGGCUGCCAGCCACUCAGCCCUCUCCAGGCCCCCACACCCCUCAGCACUUCCCAGGCCAUGCAACGUCCAAAGAAAGCCAAAGAAUCCUGUGGUGGGAAGGGUACAGGAGAGGAGCACUGGAGCUCUCCUCUCCAGGCUGUCUCUCAUGGGUCCAAGCUUUUUGCCCUACAGCUUUCUCCAGCCUGGGGGCCUGCUGCUGUUCCUGUCUCAGCUCUGCUAACGGAGGGCAGGGGAGUCUUGUAGCACUGUCCUCCCACUCCCAAACCAACUGUGAACUUCCCAA